AUGGACGAGAGAUUAAAGAAGCGGUAUGUUUUUUAAUUUUUUUAUGAUUCUGUGUUUAGGCGCCUUGUGGAGAAGAUACAGUGUCAGAUCAUGGUCAUAGCCACGAACAUAGUCAUUCUCAUGAUCAUGACGACCAUCACGCUAUAAAUUUAUCACACAUUCUACCUAAAUUAUUAUAAUUUCAGUCCAAUGAAGAUGAAAACAGCAGCAAAAAGCUGAAAGUCUUGCUAGCCUUAGGUGCUGGUGGUCUGUUAGGCGAUGCUUUCUUGCAUUUGAUUCCUCAUGCUCAGAUGGCUCAUGGUGAUGGUCAUGGUCAUACACAUUCUCACUCGCAUGCUUCUGGAGAACACAUGAUUUGAGUGUAGGAGGCUGGGUGUUGGGUGGAUUCUUCAGCUUCUUCGUCGUGGAGAAGUUUGUCCGAAUUGUGAGAGGAGAAGGCGGUCACGGUCAUUCUCACGGUCCACGAAAGGAUUCUGGAGAAAAGAAAGGUGGGGAUUCUAACUUUUAUUGAGUUUUUGGGUUGGGUGGAAGAUGUGAAGAAGGUUUGACGGUGAAAAUUAUGAUUUUGAAGAGUCCUACGAUAAAGAUUAGCAUUUGGGAGCUUGCUAAAUCAAAAAUCUUGCUUUAGAAGUUUGCCACACUUCAGAAUCUUUCGUUAACCUCAAUUUUUUCAGCUCAACACGAUAAGGAGUCAGUAUCCAAGAAAGACAAGAAUUCAGACACAGAACAUUCAGAAGAAGAUGAAAAGAAGCAUCAUGAACAACAUCGUGCUGCCGUCGAAGCUGCCCGACUUCAAAUCGCUGCCUAUUUGAACCUGACCGCCGACUUUAUGCACAACUUUACUGAUAGUUUGGCUAUUGGCGCUUCGUUUGUGGCCGGAGAGAAGGUUGGUAAGUUUUGGCGUUUUUUGGUGGUUUUUUGUUUUUUAUUUAAAUUUGCAUAUAAAAAAUCGACUGAAAAUAAAAAAAUAAUAAAAUGCCGUUUUAGUUACCAUGAUCACAGUACUGAUCCACGAAAUCCCGCAUGAAAUUGGAGAUUUUGCUAUUUUGGUUCAAUCAGGAUACUCCAAAAGGAAGGUAAGGCUUUAUCGAACUGAAAAAUAGCAAGAACUUUCUUUACAAAUUAAAAAAUGGCAAGAACUUUCUUUACAAAGCAAGAAAUAGCAAGAACUUUUUUUACAAGACAAAAAAUGGCAAAAACUUUCUUUAUAACGUAAAAUAUAACAAAGUUUAUAUUAGGUAUGUUAUAAACUGUCAAAAACUUUGUUUUCACUCUGUGUUUCUCGAACUUUUUAUAAUCAAGCGCACCGUUGCUUAACUUGCCAGAUCGGACGGGACCGCGCUUCCGCACUGUGCAAACAAGGCAAAUUGCGCUGCACGGUGCAGAUCAUAACUUUGUUUACAAUGAUGAAAAAUGGCAUUUUUAAAUGUUUUUUUGAGAUUUGGCAAGAAUUUUCUUUACAAAUUUAUAACAAUAUCUGUUUAGGCCAUGCUGAUCCAACUCCUAACAGCCAUUGGAGCCCUAGCUGGCUGUUUCAUCGCCUGUGCCUCGUCAGAUCCUUUCUCCUUGGCCGAACAAGCUCAAUCUUCAUGGGUAUUGCCAUUCACAGCUGGUGGAUUCAUCUAUAUUGCCGCGGUAUCAGUCAUCCCAGAACUUUUGGAAAAAAGUUCAUUUUUGUUGAGCAUUGCCGAGGUUUUGGCUAUGACAUUGGGCGUUUUUGCCAUGUAUUUGAUUGCUUUGUAUGAAUAG